UAUAAAAAUUUCUUUCGUGAAAUCAACAGAAGACACCGUUUGAACGUUUGCAACAAAAAUAUAAUAAUAAAGAAUUAAUGUCAUUGAUAAGGCAUGUUUUACUGUUACUUGGAACAAUCCUAUUAUUACAGUUUGUCGCCUCAAAAUACAUUUUAGAUUACAGAUCGUUCGAUAUGGUGCCUGUUCAUUUAGUGGAAGAGGAAAGUGUAUAUGAAGAAUAUAAAAUAAAUGAUGAUUCUUCAAAAAACAAAACCGCAUGGGACAAAACCAAGCUCUGGGUUAUUAUUGGUGCUACAUUGUCAGUAUGUUUCAUUAUAGUUCCGAUUCUGGUUUACUUAUUUUGUCCCAAUGCGUAUUGUUGUGGUUGUAAGUCUGUUGAAAUAAGACGUAUGAAUAAUUGAUAGAGACAACAAAAACUGUUUUAAAGAAUCUUAUGGAAGUGAAUAAUAUUAUAACUUUUAAGAUUUA